CUGAGGCGGGAGGAUGAUCUCGCGAUACACCCGGAAGCCGGUGCCCCCCGACGUCCAGGGGAUUCGAGGACUUACAAAGAAUACCUUAGAACAUCAUCCCCUGCCGGAUUCACUGGAUGACAGUUACCCAUCCACUGAAAGUCAAGAAGAUAUUUCAAGUGAGUCUGAAAGUACAAAAGAGUCAAACUAUCAAGUAGACAAUGCAAACUCAUGGUCUGCUUGUCAGAGCUUCACAGGCACCUCCACUGAAGACAGUUCUGUUUUUUCUUGGGGCUAUGAUGAAUUUGAUAAGGCUGCUACCCGGCAAGUUCAGCAAAUAUUCAGACACAUUGAUGAACUCCUUUAUGAACAAAAACCAUGUUUAUACGUUAGCCUAGAGGAGGAAUGUGAACAAUGGAUGUCAAGGUUUCCUCACCUCAGGAUUGUGGGGAAGCAAAUAGUGAUACCCUCUGAUGAAGGCUAUGGAUGGUAUAUUAGUUCAGCGUGCAGCACUUUGACUUCAUCAGGCAUGAGUCCCAUGCAAGAGAAAGAUCCUAGUGAGUUUACUAUCUGGGGCAAAAAGGUUCCCCUUUCUCUUUCUUCUGUUGGUAAAGAAGACAACUUUUCAAAAGUCCCUGAGCUGAAGAUGUUUGAGAAUGAAGACAUGGAAGAUAUUGUGAUUAUCUCUGAAGGCAUAAUGGAGGAAUACUUAGCAUUUGACCACAGAGAUGUGGAAGAAGAAUUGCACGAAUGGAAAAUGGGACUUUCACCAGCCCGACGGAAAUUAGGCUUUCCUCCAAUCUCACCAUCGUGUUGUAUGAGAGAUGCAGUUCUUUCUUUUGUAUUUGAUGAUGUGUGGAGCGAAGUCUUGGGCUACAUGGAGCAGCUAAUCUGCAGGCAUUGGGAAGGUCCAACAUCAGAUGAUGGGAAGAAUGUCAUUUCUGUGGAAGCAAACAGAACAGAUUCAGGGAGUCCUUUUAUGCAGUUUGAACCUUUGCCUUUGGUUUUACCUCGGAUGCCACAAACCAAGAUGCCCUCUAUUCCUUCAAAUCUGGUAAAUGUUUCUCAAGGUACAAAUGCUGGUCCACAACGUAAUUUGAAUGGCUUGAUGGUAAUUCAUGGGAUUCCCUUACAUCAGAGGAACUUGCCCUUGAUGGAUAAAAUAUUAGACUACGAUGAAAGAAUGCUUAUGAGACCAGGAUCCAGUUCUAUCUUGUCAACUAGAGCUCGGCCAAAUCGUCCCCUUGAGCUCAGUGCAUCUUCUCUGUCCUACUGUGCACAGUCGGCGAGGAGGCGUAACCCCCCACCACGUACCCUGCAUCCUAUCAAUGCCAGCCUUUCUCGCUCAGGAACCCCACGACCCUUAGAUGAUGUCAUCAGGGGAACGCGACUCUCUGCUGCAAAUGAGCAGCUGUCAUCAUCACCUUCUCCAAUGCCAUUAAGCAGAAAUAAUCUCCUGCCUCCUAUUAGUACCAUAGAAGGGACAGAACAUGUAGUAUCCCAAAAGCAAAUGAAAUCCCGGGUAAAUGUUAACCGGGCUCGAAGUGCAAUAGCAGAUGACAUCAGCCAUCAACCGGUUCACGAGAAAUUUUUAUUACCUGAGAGUUUUUCCAGGCCUAAUACGUCACAUGCAUUUUGGCCAGAAUCACAAUAUCGUCGUUCUUGCACUGUUAUUGAUUAUGCUAAUCAGCCACGAAAUAAUAAAGGAUCUGCUGGUACAGAUUCUGUCAACGUAGGUGUCAUGGGAACCAGUUUAGGGAUAUCUAGCUCUUCCUAUAUUAAUUCUUUCCACCACCAGCCUCUUGGUCAUUUUCUUGAUGAAGAUGAGGAAGAUAAAGAUGAUCAUCCUCCUCUGGUAGGUCUUCAAUUAUAUGGUUCUGUAAGAACUCACAGUCGAGCUGGAUCACGAAACAAACAAGGAUUGUAAGCCAUCUAUCUCCAAGAGGGAGACUCUACUGAAGCUUUUGAAAGCAGUAUUAAACGACAGCAAUAUCAAAUCCGUUUACAGAAGAAUUUGCAAUUUUUCUUUAGAAGAGUCUUCUUUUUGUAUAACAACUGCCAAAGACUACAUUUUUGCAUGAGAAUUUUGUAUCAGCAGAAACUCACCCUCUGUUUUUAUGGAGCACUAAAAGUUUGUGUUCUGUGGAACUCCAUGAUCAUGCUGUUGGUAUGUUCUGUUACAAAACGUCUGGCUGAAGAAUGCAGUGGCAAUACUGGUUAAGAUUCAAUGACUUGCAAAUUAUUCAUACUUAAUAGCAAUAUGUUUAGCAAUAUUAUUUACAAUGAUAUUAAAUUUGAUUAUUGCUUGGCCUGCACCUCCAGUAGUUUCCCUAAAUGUUUAAACAGUUGAAGGUUACAUUGCUAGUUCACGUAUUUGGAAAAAGUUGGUAUUUGAAAGGUGACCAGGAUUAAACACAGUAUAUUUGAAUUAAUUUAUGUAUUUCAAUGUAGGAUACCAUUAUUUCCCAAUUAAAUCCAUACAUGUUUAAUCACUUUAUAAUAAUGCUAACUUUGGCUAAGAUUGUAAGGCACCACUUUAGUUGUGCAUUCUUCAACUGUAGUCAAUAUACAAUAUCCUUUUUAAGUAAGUAAAAAAGUUUGGUAAAAACUUUUAAGAAACUUUUUCACCAUGUAGUCAAAUUUAACAGUUUAGGGUUUUCUUGUUGGGAAGACAGAAUAUUUUCUACAUUUUGUAGGAGAUAAGCCUGGUGAGGUAAUAAUCUAGAGAUAGAUAAAAACAUAGCAACCUGAAUAUUGUGUUUAAUGUCUAACAUAAUUUUGAUGUAAUUCAACAAAGACUAACUAGUAAGAUGAACUAGUAAAUACAAACCAUUAACUGCUGAAGCUAUGUAUAAAAUAAAGGUAACUUUGCAUUUUCCCUGAUACCAUGUAAGAGAUGUAAAAGAAACAAGAUAGGGAAAGAGACUUAUUAAGUUGUAAAAUGGAGACUAUUUUGUAUGCAAAUAAAAACAUUUUCUAGAUUGUA